UUCAAAACAAACAAAAUGGCGGCGCGCUUGAGAUGGGGUCUUCACCAGUUGUUGCGAGCAAGAAAUACGGCUCAGUUUCGGUUUGAACUUCUAUAUCUGCAACUUAUUACCAGAUCCAGGACCUCAUACCACUCUCAGUGCACGACCCAGAGCUCCAGAAAAGUUCAGCUUCAGCCCGGGACAGGAACCACGCACGUAUCAAUAAGACACCUGUCCAUCCAGACUCAAGACACGCCAAACCCCAGAAGCUUGAAGUUUCUCCCUGGUAAACCUGUCCUAGGAAGUGGGACACUUGACUUUCCCUCGCCAAGCUCAGCUGAAUGUUCAUCUUUAGCCAGGGUCCUGUUUGAAAUCGAAGGAGUAAAAAGUGUGUUCUUUGGCCCUGACUUCAUCACAGUCACCAAAACAGAUGAAGAUGUAGAGUGGACAGAUAUCAAGCGCCAUGCCCUAGAGGCAAUUGCCAAGUUCUUUGAAAGUGGUGACCCGAUAACAACAGGGACAGUUCACCAUGAAAGCAGUCUCUCUGAAGAUGAUGAUGAAAUUGUAUCUGUGAUAAAGGAGCUUCUGGACACCAGGAUCAGGCCUACAGUGCAGGAGGAUGGAGGUGAUGUCAUCUUCAAGGGUUUUGAUGAUGGCACAGUCAAGCUGAAACUGGUUGGUUCCUGCACAGGGUGUCCCAGCUCCACAGUCACCCUGAGGAACGGGAUUCAGAACAUGCUGCAGUUUUAUAUCCCAGAGGUAGACAAGGUGGAACAGGUGGAAGAUGAAGUGGAUGAAAUUAAUGCAAAGGUUUUCUCAGACCUGGAACGCAAAUUACAAGAAUAAAAACUUGUUCGACACCCAUGGACUUUGUUAGAAUAAGAAAAAAAAAAACACAGCCAUGCAUUAUUUCCAUUACUAUUACACAACAUGAGAAUGAAGACAAAAAAAUAUUUCCUGCUAUUUUGUGUGCAUAUACUGUUAAGCAUUCAAGCUGUAAUUUGUGUGUACAUACUGUUAGCCCCAUACUGUUAGGAAAGAAGAAAUACUGUAUACCUGUAUGCAGGAGAUGCAGUCAUUUUUCUAUUUAAGAAAAAUGUUCUGCUGUGAUGGCUGUAAAUCUUGAGUUGUAUUUAUUUCUUAUAAAUAUUGUAUAUUUUGAAAUAAUAUUUUCAUAGGAUGGAAAGCUUUUGACAACUGGUUAUAGUCAGACAGAAUGAAUGAAUGAAAUUAAUGAUUUGAUAAGAUUUUACUGUUGUUGUCAAAUGAAACGGCUGUUUUUUUUCCCGUCAGUGUAUCUGUUAAUUAAAUAAAAUGUUAGCAAGGCUACAGGUUUGCACCCUAAACAUUCUGUAUGCUGUUUGUGAGCUUUGUGCUCCACUCACACUCACUCAUCAAUAGCUACAGAUUUACUGUAUCACAUUAAAUAAAGUUCACAGUUUGAAAGCAAA